AUGGAGGAACUUCAGCUAUACAACAAAACAUACAGCAAGGUAUUGCACAUACAUUCCCUUGGCCUUGCUCUUGUGUUGCUGGUCUUCUGUUUGCCCUCUCCUACCAGUUCCUGCACAGAGCAGGAGAAGGACUCCCUUCUCCGGUUCCUUGCCGAGCUCUCCCAAGACAGCGGCCUCUCCGCGUCAUGGCGGAACGUCACAGAUUGCUGCAAGUGGGAAGGGAUCGCCUGCAGGCAAGACAGGACGGUCAUCGACGUCUUACUGCCUUCCAAGGGCCUUGAGGGGCACAUCUCACGGUCCCUUGGCGCCCUCACUGGGCUGCAGCACCUCUAUCUCUCUGACAACUCGCUGUCCGGCGGUCUGCCGCUGGAAUUACUGUCUUCCAGCAGCAUUGCCGUCAUUGAUGUCAGCUUUAACCAGCUCAGCGGAACCCUACAUGAGCUGCCAUCUUCAACACCCAUCAGGCCUCUGCAGGUACUAAACAUCUCAAGCAACUUAUUUGCAGGACAGUUUCCAUGCGCCACAUGGAAAGCAAUGGAGAAUCUGAUGGCACUCAAUGCCAGCAAUAACAGCUUUACUGGGAAGAUACCGACUCGAUUCUGUAAUAACAGCUCACCAUCCCUCACUGUGCUUGAUCUGUGUUUCAACAAAUUUAGUGGCAGCAUCCCCCAAGGAGUCGGUGAUUGCUCCAAGCUGCGAGUGCUCAGAACCGGGGAUAACUACCUCAGUGGGACGCUCCCGGAUGAACUCUUCAAUGCAAUCUCGUUGGAAUACCUAUCUUUCGCAAACAAUGAUUUACAUGGAGUUCUUGAUACUGCAAACACAGUCAACCUCAGAAAUCUCACAACCCUUGAUCUUGGAGGGAACAGAUUCAGCAGAAAGAUUCCAGAUUAUAUAGGUCAACUCAAGAGACUGGAGGAGUUCCAUUUGAACAACAACAACAUGUCAGGGGAGCUGCCAUCUGCUCUCAGCAACUGCACAAAUUUGAUGACAAUUGACCUUAAAAGCAACGGACUUAGUGGAGAACUUACCAAUGUCAAUUUCUCCAACCUGCCGAAUCUAAAAAAAUUAGAUCUUUGGUCCAGCAAAUUCACCGGUACAGUUCCAGAAAGUAUGUACUCAUGCAGCAAUCUGACAGCGCUGCGGCUGUCUAGAAACAACUUACAUGGGCAGCUCUCAUCAAGAAUAGGUAAUCUGAAGCAUCUGUCCUUCUUGUCACUUUCUAAUAACAAGUUCACAAACAUAACAAAUGCACUUCAUAUCCUUCAGAGCAGCAAGAAUCUGACUGCACUGUUUAUUGGGCACAACUUUUGGGGAGAGAUCCUCUCACAGGAUGAAACAAUUGAUGGUUUCAAAAAUCUUCAGGUUCUCAGUAUGCAAGGUUGUGAAUUGUCCGGGAGAAUACCUGUAUGGAUAUCAAGGGCUGCAAACUUGCAGAUGUUAAUUUUAUCUGACAAUCAUCUCACUGGACCAAUACCAGGCUGGAUCACCUCUCUAUAAGUCAUCUCUUUUAUAUGGAUGUGUCAAGCAACAGACUAACAGGAGAAAUCCCAUCAACCUUGACCGAGAUGUCAAUGCUAAAAUCAACUGACAACACAACUCAUAUGAACCCAAAGGUCUUUGGUCUGGCAGUUUAUAAUGGCCCAUCACUUCAAUACCGUAUCGUUACA